AUGCUGAAUUUAAUUUUUCAAAUAAAUAAAUUUACUUGUUUUGUUUUUUUCAUCAAGUUUUCUUGAUUGAUUUUGUCUUAAUAUGUUAUAUGAAAUCUAAUUAUUAGUUACUCAAUUACUUAUAUACGUAGGAAUGUAAUAGAAUUGUAUUGUUUCAUUUUAAUCAUGUAUAGGUUAUUUAUGUUUCGGUCUCAAAUAAAAAAUGGAUUUCCUCAAAUAGUUUUAAUUGAAAAGCCUCAUUUACUGAAAAUAGCAAAUUUUUCUAAUAUUCCAGAAAGUAUUCAAACUAAAACUUUGAUAAAGACUAAACAAUUCAAAAGAAACGCUAAACGAUUUUCAGAAGUAGUACAAGUUACCAGUAGUGUUGCCAGUCAAUCUAAAGUUAAAGUAAAACAUUUAAAACCUAACCAAGUGCAAAAAAUGGUUGCCUGUAAAAAACCAUUGGCUAUGUUUCCUAAAACAGCAAAAACAAAUGAUUGUUCUGAUAAACUUUCCAUAAAAACUAUAUCUAAUAUUAAAAAUAAUAGCCUUAAAGAAGAGCUGUUAGAUGAUAUAGAUGAAAUGAAUGAAGAUCAAAUGAAUUUKCUUAAAGAUACUGAAUUUUUACAAACAAUAACAAUGACAGAGAAUGACAUCGGAAAUAAAAUUGAUUCUGACCAUUUUGAAGGAUUACAAGACAUUUACAAUAGUAUUGAACUACCAAAAAGCCAAGAUAAAUUAUCAAAAAGAGAACGUAAUCGAAAUAUUGCUGUUAAGAAUAAACUUGAGCUAAAAGAAGCUAUUAAGCAACUCAAUAUUAAAGGCCGGGAAAAAAGUCUCAAUCAAACACUUCUUGCAUAUAUAGAUUUAUGCGUAUGUUGUGGAUUUCUUAAUAGAGGGUUGGCAGCCUUAAAUCAUUAUUGUUACAAAAGUGUUUCAAAUAAGGUGUCUCUAAAAAUAACUGAUAUUCGUAUUUUUACUUGUUUAAUGCAUGGUUUUUCAAGCAAGGGAAACUAUGAAAAAUUGAAGGAAAUUUGGUCAUUAUUAGAACUAUCACAAAUAAAACCAAAUAUUCAAGCAUAUGCAGCUGCAUUUGAAUGUUUGGUUAUUAAAAAAGAAUUAUCCUCAUCAGAUUUAUUACAAGAAUUAUCUAAAAAAUUUUUGUCUGAUGGGUUUACGUUUAAUAAUUUAUUUGAAGAUUGUUCAUAUAUUGGAAGUCAACGAGAACACGUCUUAAAAGCUGUAAAAUUACUAGAUCCUUCAUUUGAACCACAUAUCAGUAUUGAAAAUAUUUACUAUUCUUGCCCUCUUUUAGAUCAUUUAAAUUCACAAAAAUCAAAGUUUAAAUGUCCUGCUGAAGGUCUCCUAAACGAAAAGAAUAUUCUUGAAUGUGCUCAGAAACAACUUGAAUCAGAAAUGUCUACUAUUGUAAAAGUACAAUCGGUUGACAAUUGUUYCACGCCAUCUCAAAAAGUAUUAAAUUAUAGAAAGAAAUUAGAAGAUUUACAAGAAAAAUGGAAAGAAACUAUAAGGAACGCUAUUACACGUGAAUUGGAAAGCAUUCGUGCUCAACAUAAUUGUUUAAAAUCUUAUCGAAAUGUAAAUAUAUAUCCUUAUUUAAGAGUUUUAAACACAGAACAAUAUGUUGAUAUAAUUAUACAAGAAGUACGUAAACUAGCUGAAGGGUCCGAAACAUUUAGUCCAACAGUAAAUUUACUAUAUCGAAAUUUGGCUAAUCAAGUUAGAUUAAGGUACCAAAUUAAGUACAAAAAGAAUACAAAAAUUUUAGAAAAGAUCAAAGCAGUUUAUAGCGAUUAUUGUUCAUGGUAUAUAAAUAGUGAAAAAUGUGAUAGUCAAAAUACGAGACAACAAUGGCAACAAUUAGUUCACAAAUACAAAGCAAUAGGAGCAGAUAUUGAACAAGAUGACAAACAAUGGCCUUCUACGGUAUUAAACAGCGUUGGGAAAUUUUUGUACAAUAUUAUUAUUAAAGAUGUAAAAAUUGAUGUUAAUAUCAUGAAAGACAAUAUAGAAGAGGAGCAUUUAUUACCAGCAUUUUAUACAGUUUUUCGUGGACAAUGUCAGCAUGUGAAACAAGAAAUUAAACCACAUCCUGUACUGUCAAAACUUUAUCAUUUAUCUGAACCUAGUGACUUAAUAUUUGAUGUAACAAUGAUUCCUAUGUUGAGUCCACCAGUUCCUUGGACUUCAAUCAAUUGUGGAGGAUAUAUUGCUGCUAAAGCAGAUCUAAUUAGGUUACCUCAACAAGCUAUUUUACAAUGGCAUAGACUUGAGCAAACACCAAAACAAGAACUUUAUCCAGUCUUAGAUGCACUGAAUCAGUUGGCUUCUAUACCCUGGACUAUUAAUAAACCAGUUUUGGAUGUAGUUCUCCAAGUAUUUCGUUCAGGUGGUUCUUCAAAAUUAGAUAUUCCAAAGCCUAUAUCUGCUUUUCCAUCUCCACAACCGAUAUUACAGAGUAUGAGUAAAGACGAGCGUUCUAGGUUGUAUAAAGAACGGGCCAUAUUAAAAAGACAGAAAGCUGAAAUGUUUAGUUUAUGGUGUGAUGCUUUAUAUCGGCUGUCAUUAGCAAAUCACUUUUGUGGUAAAACAUUUUGGUUGCCUCAUAACAUGGAUUUUCGAGGUCGAGUAUAUCCAUGUCCUCCUCACUUAAAUCAUCUUGGCUCAGAUAUGGCCAGAUCACUGUUGUGUUUUGCUAAAGGAGAACCGCUUGGUUCUAAUGGUCUAAACUGGUUGAAAGUGAGUUUCUAAUAUUCAUAAAUGUACAGUGUUUGGAAGGACA